GGUCCCACAGACCCCAGACCGUCGUCAGUUGCCCGUUCGCCAGUGUCUAGGCGACAGUGUUCGGCUAGCGUCCUUGUGUUUGAAACCGUAUGUUUGAAUAAUAUCGUGCCAUUUGAUGAGUGUUGUAACACGGUGGUUUUAGUGAAUUUAUUUAUAAACAGGCAGUUUUUAGUCAGUGGAAUUGUAAGAGGUUCUCACAACGUCCAAGUGCCCUUGAGUGAAACACAUUCACAGCUGAUUACAGGAUCAUCCUAGGAUCUCUUCUAGUUCCGAAUAUCUGCAACGAGCAAAUCAUGGGGAGACGCAAAAGCAACAGAAAGCCCCCUCCAAAAAGAAAGGCGGUGGAGCCAUUGGACAUUCAAUUCAACUGCCCAUUUUGCAAUCACGAGAAGUCGUGUGAGGUGACGAUGGAUAAAACACGCAAAUCUGCCAGGAUAACGUGUCGGGUUUGUCUGGAGGACUUCCAGACAAGUGUCAACUUCUUGUCGGAGCCUAUUGAUGUGUACAACGACUGGAUAGACGCUUGUGAGACUGCCAACUAAAUCAACUUAUUCAGACUAUGUUCUCUACUGUGUGUGCAAUACGGUCCUGAUUGAUGACGGAAGAAUCGGCAGUUUUUGUAUAAGUAUAAAUUUGUAUUACAAUUUUUAUAGUAUUGAUUUGUAAA